CUAGACAGGUGGUGGAGGGACAGAGGUGUGAGUUCUGGAAGCUGCAUUGUGUUUUAACUGUUUGCUGAUGCUCUGAUAGGCCGAGUCACGGGUCCAGUCAGACUCAGUAACAGGUUGUGGCGUACGAGUAACGGGGGCCACACUUCAGUCCUGUGAUGGUCAUUGCACAUCAUUCGGACGUGCAGUAGGUGCUUGCUGAGUUAAGAGCGCUGUGUUGGACACUGAGACUAAAGCAGGGAGGUGGAGAUCUGUCACAGGGAGCUAAGACAGCCAGCCAAGGACAAUGCAAAGUGCACAGUGCUGGGACGAUGCCGGAGUGUGAAAGAGUUUGAGAAGCUGAACCGCAUAGGGGAGGGCACCUAUGGCAUCGUGUAUCGGGCCCGGGACACCCAGACAGAUGAGAUUGUCGCGCUGAAGAAGGUGCGGAUGGACAAGGAGAAGGAUGGCAUCCCCAUCAGCAGCCUGCGUGAGAUCACACUGCUUCUUCGUCUUCACCAUCCGAACAUCGUGGAGCUGAAGGAGGUGGUCGUGGGGAACCACCUGGAGAGCAUCUUCUUGGUGAUGGGUUACUGCGAGCAGGACCUGGCCAGCCUCCUAGAGAACAUGCCGACGCCCUUCUCAGAGGCCCAGGUUAAGUGCAUCGUGCUGCAGGUGCUCCGGGGUCUUCAGUACCUGCACAGGAACUUCAUCAUCCACAGGGACCUGAAAGUCUCCAACUUGCUCAUGACUGAUAAGGGCUGUGUAAAGACAGCGGAUUUUGGCCUGGCCCGGGCCUACGGCAUCCCAGUAAAACCAAUGACUCCCAAGGUGGUGACCCUCUGGUACCGAGCUCCCGAACUGCUGCUGGGAACCACCACCCAGACCACCAGCAUCGACAUGUGGGCCGUGGGCUGCAUCCUGGCUGAGCUGCUGGCCCACAAGCCCCUUCUCCCUGGCACUUCUGAGAUCCACCAGAUCGACCUGAUUGUACAGCUGCUGGGGACGCCCAAUGAGAACAUCUGGCCGGGCUUUUCCAAGCUGCCGCUGGUUGGCCAGUACAGCCUGAGGAAGCAGCCCUACAACAACCUCAAGCACAAGUUCCCGUGGCUCUCAGAGGCCGGGCUGCGCCUGGUGAAUUUCCUCUUCAUGUACGAUCCUAAGAAAAGGGCCACAGCUGGGGACUGCCUGGAGAGCUCCUACUUCAAGGAGAAGCCCCUCCCCUGCGAGCCAGAGCUUAUGCCCACCUUCCCUCACCACCGCAACAAGCGGGCCGCCCCGGCCACGGCUGAGGGCCAGACCAAGCGCUGCAAGCCCUGAUGCUGAGCCUGGCACACACCUGCACCCCUCAGCUGGAUCAUUUUGUCAGCAGUGGACAGGCAGGGACCCUGUCAGGCUGGGCUGACCAGCCAUCUGGGAUCCAGCUCGUCCCCUUGGCUAGGAUAUCCUCCUCCAGCCAACUCCACCACACCCUCUUCUGCACCCACCCCCAGAAACAGGCAGGGGUGGGAGUUCUAGAAGGGCUGGGUUUCUAGAGCACGGGGCCUCGCCCAUCACUUCCGCUUUUGUCUGGUAGAAUUUGAGACUGACCCCCCACUCUUAGCAGGAACUGUGAGUGCAGGCCCAUCCCCAUGGCUGCCCUGGAAACGCUAGUGGGUGCUGACCUGGGACUUGUGUUGCCUCUUGGUCACCAGCAGCUGCCCAGGGCUGAGUGAUUGGGGGUGCACCCCUGAGCACACCAGGAGAGCCGGGCUGUAGGCUGAGCUGGGUCUGGCCCCAAGAAGAGGGGUAUGGUUGGGUCUAAUGCUGAGGGAGGAAAAUAGUGGGUUCCCAUCCCAUAAAAGCUUUCCUAACAC